AGAGGGGGAGGGAGUGAGACAGAGAGAGAGGGAGUGAGAGAGAGAGAUGCCUUUAUUCCUUGUGGAAGAUUUGGAGGAUAGAGAGCAAUGUAUGAAGCUUGCCAGCAAAUACUAAAUGAAUGGGAGUGAUUUGAACAGAAUCAUUGCAAGCGGGACGUAAACAUCGCAAACUAAAGGAACUUGAGAUUGAUUUGCAACUACAGGAGUUAGUGAACAGUGCGUUGGACAUGGGAUUAUCUGCUUGCCCUACGAAAGGGGUCUGUCUCCAACUCUGAGUCCUCCCCCCCCAACCCCACCGUGUUUUGCUGGGAAAUCUAUAGGGACAACUACUAACAUGGUGUGGACCGUAGCAGGAUGAGCGGAUUGUGAUGAUGGCAAAAAAACAGGAUGUGCGUAUCCCCACCUACAAUGUCAGUGUGGUGGGAUUGUCGGGGACGGAGAAGGAGAAGGGGCAGUGCGGCGUGGGCAAAUCGUGUCUGUGCAACCGAUUUGUACGGCCAAGAGCCGACGAGUUUCACCUGGACCAUACGUCGGUGCUCAGCACCAGCGACUUUGGCGGGCGAGUGGUCAACAAUGAUCACUUCCUGUACUGGGGAGAAGUGGGCCGGACGGUGGAGGAAGGCGUCGAGUGUCGGAUCCACGUGGUGGAACAGACCGAAUUCAUCGACGAUCAGACCUUUCAGCCUCACCGCAGCACCGCCCUGCAGCCCUACAUUAAGCGGGCAGCGGCCACCAAACUGGCAUCCGCGGAGAAGCUGAUGUACAUUUGCACUGACCAGUUGGGUCUGGAACAGGACUUUGAGCAGAAGCAGAUGCCGGAGGGGAAGCUGCUGAUCGAUGGCUUCCUCCUGUGCAUGGACGUCAGCCGGGGCAUGAACAGGAACUUUGACGAGCAGCUGAAGUUCAUCACCAACCUGUACAACCAAAUAACGAAGGCCAAGAAGCCCACGGUGGUGGUCCUGACCAAGUGCGACGAGGGAGUGGAGCGGUAUAUUCGCGAGGCCCACUCCUUCGCCAUGCCUAAGAAGAACCUUCAAGUGGUGGAGACGUCGGCCCGAUCCAACGUCAAUGUGGAACUGGCCUUCAGUACCGUCGUGCAGCUGAUCGAUAAAAACAGGGCCAAGCCGAAAAUAACUCCAUAUUACGAAGCUUUGAAACAACAGAGUCAGCUCAUAGCUCAAGCAAAAGACCGGUAUGAGUUCAUCAUCAACCACCACGUCAACCAUCACAAUGAGAGCUGGAUGAACGCCACCAAGAAAAUGUACAACAAACCCGAAUACGAGGACUAUGUGUUCCUGGAAGGCACUCAGAAGGCCAAGAAACUCUUCUCGCAACACACGCUGAUGCUCAAAAAGAGGCACAUCGACCACUUGCGCAACAAGUACAUCCAUAGGCUGGUGCAGGCCCUCGAUGCUCUGUUCCCUGACCUGAACGAGAUUGAGGGCUUGGGCUGGGCCAUGGCCCAGCAGAGGUUGAAGAGCAAGGUGGACUUCCCCGCUUGGUUUGUGGUCCUGAGCGAGACUCCGUGGGACACCACCGACCACAUUGACAAGACUGACGACGAGCGCAUCCCCUUCGACCUGCUGGAAGGCCGGUACGCGGAGGAUCAGUUCAUGAGGCAUUUGGACAAACUGAAGAACGAGAGAAAGAAAGCGGAGAUGAGGAAGGCCUUUAAGGAGAACCUGGCGUCCUCACUGUUUAUAACCCCCGGGAAACCGUGGGAAGAGGCCAGAAGUUUUGUUAUGAACGAGGACUUCUAUCAGUGGCUGCAAGAGCAGGAGUAUCAGGAGAUCUACAGCCGGCAUCAACGGGAGAUCAUAGACAAGGCCAGGGAGCAGUUUCAGGAGCUCCUGCUGGAAUAUUCCGAGUUAUUUUACGAGCUGGAGUUGGACGCCAAACCCAGCAAGGAGAAGAUGGGCUUGAUUCGGGAAGUGCUGGGGGAAGAGCAGCGGUUCAAGGCGCUUCAAAGGCUCCAAGCCGAGCGAGACGCCCUGGUGCUGAAGCACGUCCACUUUGUAUACCAUCCCACGAAAGAGACAUGUCCCAACAGCCAGAACUGCGUGGACAGUAAAGUCGAACAGCUAUUGAUCAGUCGGUUUUACCAGUCCUCUGAUCGGAGCUACUUGAAUUCCCACUCGGACUCCAGUGCCGACAAGCUCAACCUCGUACUCCUGGGCAAGGACGGGCUCGCUCACGAGCUGGCCAACGAGAUUCGGGUGCUGUGUACUGAUGACAAGUACGUGCUCGAGGGCAAAAUGUACGAGCUCUCCUUGCGACCGAUUGAAGGCAACGUGAAGCACCGCGUUAACGCUUUUCAGACGCCAAGCUUCCAGCCGCACGGUUGCCUCUGCCUGUACAACUCCAAAGAAUCGCUUUACUACAUCAAGGAGAGUUUAGAGAAACUGAGGGAGUCAACCAUGGACAGGAGGGACAAUCAUUUAGCUCAGCUGCCGCUGACUCUCGUGCUCGCCAACAAGAGGGAGAGCGGGGGGGAGACGCUGCAGAGCUUGAGGAACCACGGCCAACAGCUCGCCAACAAGCUGCAGUGUCCCUUCAUUGACGUCACCUCGCAUAGCGUCGGCUCGGGGCGCAACUUCAGCGAGCUGCAGAUCACCCAGGCUCUCAAGGGCUUGUUGGACACCAUGAAGCGGAACUUGAACCUGGUCAGCUCUUCCCCGAGCAUUAAAGACUUGACGGACGUGGACCUGCGGAUCGUUAUGUGCCUGAUGUGCGGCGACUCGUGCGGCAUAGACGACGUCCUCCUCUCCAUCAUCCAGCCUCACUUCUGCAGCUCCCCCCAGCCCAGCAACAGCAGCUCCGCCAUCCUCGAGCUGGCGGUCGGUUCGGGCCGCAAGCGGCUCGAGCUCUCCAUGUUCUCUUACCAUUCCUCCUUCAGCUUGAGGAAGAGCCAGCUGGUCCACGGAUACAUAGUCUUUUACCUGGCCCGGCGCAAAGCCUCCCUAGCCAUGCUGAGGGCCUUCCUCUCCGACGUGCAGGACAUCAUUCCCAUCCAACUGGCGGCCGUCACCGAGGGGGCCGCGGAGGGGCCGGAAGGCGACGUGACGCGCGAGCAGCUCGAGGAAGGGAAGGAGAUCGCCCACGAGAUCGGGGGCAAGUUCACCGUGAUCCCCGCCAGCCAGCUGCUCCAGCACAACGUGGAGCUCUUCUCGCCCUUUUUCCGCGACGUGGCCGAGAGAAAGAUCAUCAUCGAAGCCUCUCACAUGUACGACAAUGCGGCGGAGGCCUGCAGCAACACCGAGGAGGUCUUCAACUUCUCGCCCAGGCCAGUGUCGCCCCUGAACAACUCCAACUGCUUCGAAUACGAGGAGGACAACGAGGCCCCGCCACCCUACAUGGCCUUCGGAGACGAGCCCUCGGGCACUCAAGCGAGCAAAGAGCAGUCGAAGCUGUCCAUGGACCCAGAAGGGAAUGACAACUCCUCCCUCUAUAGCUCGCUCAGCUCCUUCGAGAGGCUCAACAACAAAGUGCCUCCUCCGGUCAAGCCCAAGCCAGUGGUGCAUUUCGACAAACUGAUCAAAAAGAUGGAUUCCUCCGAGUCGAAGGAACAGAGCAGCAAGGAGAUGCAGAGGAAGCAGUCCACCGUGAGCUGGGCGCCGCAUGAUGACGGGCUGUACAUGUCGGACUACGCCGAGCCGAUAGACACCCUGGUCCGGCCCAGGGGGGAGGAGGAGAACAUCUACUCGGUGCCCCACGACAGCACGCAGGGCAAGAUAAUCACCAUCCGCAACUCCAUCGCGGCCAAGCUGCAGGCCAACGGGAGCGGCAACGGCUCCGACAGCGAGCUGGAGAGCAGCUCCCUGGAGCGUCAGCGCAAGCUCUCGUCGGUUAGCAAGCCCCUCUUGUACAGGGACCGGUCCAAAAAGCUGGGCAGGUUCGCCCGCUAUCGGACCAGCUGCAGCGUGGGGAGCGACGACGAGCUGGGCCCACUGUCCGCCCAGAAGAAAGCGGAGGCGGACUCGUCGCUGUCGAAGGGGGACAAUGUGGUCAGUCUAUACGAACCGGAUGGGGACGACUCGAAGAGACGCAAUAUACUCCGCAGCUUGAGGAGGAAUACCACCAGGAAAACCAAACCGAAACCACGACCCUCCAUCUCAAAGAGCAACUAUUUUGGCGUGCCUUUGAUCACCGUAGUCACACUGGAUAAACCCAUUCCUGUCUUUAUCGAGAAGUGCAUCGACUACAUUGAAGCCACAGGGCUGACCACGGAGGGGAUUUACCGCGUCAGUGGGAACAAGUCAGAAAUGGACUUCCUCCAGAGGCAGUUUGAUCAAGAUCCCAGUAUCGACCUACAGGAGAAGGACUUUGCUGUGAAUACAAUAGCAGGCGCUUUGAAGAGCUUCUUCUCUGAGCUGCCUGACCCGCUGGUGCCCUACACUACGCAGGUGGAGCUGGUGGAUGUCAGCAAAACACCCGAUAAGGAGCAGAAGCUGAAUGCACUUAAAGACGUACUGAAGAAAUUCCCGAGAGAGAAUUAUGAAGUGUUCCGAUACAUCAUCACCCACUUAAACAGGGUCACUCAACACAGCAAGAUGAACCUGAUGAACAGCGAGAACCUAUCCAUCUGCUUCUGGCCCACUCUGAUGCGGCCAGACUUCCAGACCAUGGACGCCUUGACGGCCACCAGAACCUACCAGACCAUCAUGGAGCUGUUCAUCCAGCAGUGCCCGUUCUUCUUCUACGACGAGCCCAUGAGGGAGCAGGCCAGCGCCACGCCCAGCUCGCCCACGUCGAACACUUCCUUCCAGUGUCCUUCCCCCGCGAGCACCAUGCCCUCGCCCCCACAGUCCCCCCCGCAGACACCUUAACCAUCAGCACAGCAACGAUUUGCAACCUCUGGAGACCACCGCUGCCGGACGGAACAGCCAAACAAACUGUGAAGCGGGUGGUCAAACACGCCGGCUGGGAUAGUCUAACUUGAGUCUAACCGGGUCCCUCAAACACUCACUUUGCCUCGGGAGUUUUGGGGAGACGUCUCUUUUUGUUUUUUUUGAUCUCUGUUGCGCACGAAACAAAAAAAAAAGAAAGAACGAAAAAUACCGUGGGCUGCAGGCGAACAAAAGUGACACAGCACUAAGGAGAUUCGAUCGAACUCCCGACAGCACCUCAGUGAACUCACGACGCUGACUGGAUCCGAAGAGAGAAAGAGACGAAGAGAGAGAGAGAGAGAGAAAGAGUUGUGACGGACACAGGUUCUGCAACGGAGCGAUUAAUGAACGCUUUCCGGAACUGCGUAGUGUAGCGUUCGAAUGGUUGAUUAAUUCAGGCCGGCGGUCAGUCGAAUGAAAACUCGCUGAGCAUGAACUUUGAGUCUUGACGCUCUGAGCCGAACACACAAAGAGUCACCUUCCUUGGAAAUUGCCAACUUCUUUUUAAUCCCCUCCUCCCCCCCACACCCCCACCUCCCUCUUCUCCUCCUUCUCCCCUUCCCCUUCCCCAUGUGUCUGCAGAUCAAGUGCUGCUAUUUUAAUAUUUUUAGAUACCUUAACGCCAAGCUGUGUUGGGGCGAGCGAGGGGCGAGAGGGGUUUCGGUCUCCCGCUGCCAAAUGUACGCCAACUCAUUCCAAGCGCCGGCCAGAGCAGAACGGUCAAGCCAGCAUGUGGGUGUGGGUCGUUAUAGACUCCACACCAGGAGACUGUUCUGAUCUCGGGGAGCGGGUGGUUGUGUGGGUAGGGGUUGAGGGUGAGGGGUGGGUUGAGAGAGAGAGAGAGAAAUCUUGUGCUGGACCAGAACCAUUUUGUUUGCACGUCCUGUUGGGCGAUUGUACCAGUGGGUGAGGUCUGACCCGACUGUGUUUUAACCGUGCCAAACUCAGCUGCUUGUGGUACCUUCCCGAGACGCAAGCAACGGUGGGUGGGGGUGGGGGCGGGCUGGGUGCGAUGUAACGGUCAACGUCCCCCAGAG